UUCAUCAGCGUGAGAGAAAGGCGAGCCCGCUCCGACCGCGGAAGAACGCGGGACAAGUCACGUUUCGGGGAGGUCCUGGGGCCCGGGGACACGGUGUGGGAGACGAAGCCGCCUCGGGACAGAGGCAGCGGCAGGCCCGUAUUAGUACAUCUCCAAGAGAAAGGCCGGGGCCUGUUGUCAGCUGCUGGCCAGAACAAACCGUAAAGUCCUUUCAAGUCCUGAAGCCUCAGGGCCGGGGCAGUCCCAGGGAGCUGCUUCAGCAAGCAGGUCUGAACUCCUAGGCCGGGCUCGGGCGGAGUCCUUCCGCCCUCUCUCCGGACCCCCUUCAUGGUGUGGUGGGCAAAUAGGCGGUGUGUCUGAGUGAUGUGUGCCCACUGCCUCUCGGAAUACACAGGUGGGUUAUGUUUUACCUGUAUUCAUGACUGUAGGUGCCUGGCAUUCACACUGUGUUCUCUGCUCAGGACCUGACACGGUCCCCAUACUGUCAUUUUAAAUAUCCUUGAAGCCCUUCCACGGUCUAGAUAGUGAAAAACAUGAGGACAGGCAUUUCCAGUUUUCAACUCCAUAAACGGUAUCUUUUCCUGACAAGCAGGUAACAUAAGCCAACAGUCUGGGCUGAUGUGUGAACAUAAACCCACAGCUUAAUUGUUCUUAAGGAGUUUCAGAGUUAAUUGAGCUGAGUUCUGAUUCUGCCCAUCCAUGUUCAGGAGAGCUAGUGUCAUAGCCAUAGUAGGUAUAUUAAAGGUACCUUCAAAUCACCUUACGAUAGGUGCACAGGGCUGGAGCUGUCCCUCAUCUUGUCCAGGUAGAGGACCAUCACUGAUUUUCCUCUCCCUUGGGACCACUUAUCACUGAUUAUUCAGAGAAGACCCUCCUGCAGGUCCCUAUGGCCUGUAGGUUGAUUCUGGCCCUUUCAAGUCCUGCCCCAGGCCAGCAUGUCAACAGUGAGAGCAAGGCCCAUUUUUAUAACCUUUGAUGACUGCAGUCUCACCCUCUGUAAGAAGGUGACUUGUUCUGGCUCUUGUUCCCUUUCAGCUCCCAAUUCUUCUGAAGGGAACCUCAGACGAUGAUGUCCCAUGUCCAGGGUACCUGUUUGAAGAGAUUGCUAAAAUCUCCCAUGAGUCAGUGGGCAGCAGCCAGUGCCUGCUGGAAUACCUCCUGAACCGCCUGAACAGUAGCUCUGGCCACGUGAAGCUCAAGGUGCUGAAGAUUUUGCUCUACCUGUGCAGCCAUGGCUCCUCGUCCUUCCUGCUCAUCCUCAGACGCAACUGUGCUCUCAUCCAGGAAGCCACAGUUUUUUCAGGUCCCCCAGAUCCUCUGCACGGGAACAGCUUGUACCAAAAGGUGCGAGCAGCCGCCCAGGACUUGGGCAGUACCUUGUUCUCUGACACUGUGCCACUGCCUCCCUCCCAGCGUGCCAGGGCCCUGUCCCCCACAGGCAUGGGCUCCCAGUCCAGGCCUCUCAGCGGCCUCCAGGGUUUUGGUUACAGCAAGGAGCGGGGCCGUGCAGAGGGCCGCAGAGGUGGUGGUUAAUGCCAUGCACCCUGGGCCUGAGAAUUCCUGGACCCAGAGGCCUCUGCCACAAGGUGACACUUACCAGCCUGCCAUGACACCUUCAGGCAGCCACAGCCACCCCGCCUUUGGGAAUCAGCUUCCUGGGGCCAUCCCAGGUGCUCGAGCUGUGAGGCACCAGCCAGGGCAGGCUGGAGGGGGCUGGGAUGAACUGGACAGCAGCCCUGGCUCCCAGAGCUCCUCCCGGAACAGUGACCGGAGCCGGGCCUCAGACUCAGGCAGUCGUUCAGGCAGCGAUAGCCUCUCAGGGGCCAGCCGGGAGCCAGGUGACCUGGCAGAAAGGGCCGAAGCCAUGGCCCUGAGUGACUGCCAGCAGGAGUUGAGCCUGGUGAGGACUGUGACGCAGGGACCCCGUGCCUUCCUGAGCCGUGAGGAGGCCCAGCACUUCAUAAAAGAGUGCGGGCUGCUCAACUGUGAGGCAGUGCUGGAGCUGCUCCUGUGCCAGCUGGGCACAGCCAGUGAGCUAGAGCAGAUGAGGGCCCUGUGCGCCAUCGCCUCCCUUGGUUCCACUGACCUCCUUCCCCAGGAGCACAUCCUCCUCCUCUCUCGGAGGUGGCUGCAGGAGCUCAGCAUGGGCAGCCCAGGACCUGUGACCAGCAAGGCUACCAAGAUCCUAAGGCACUUCGAAGCCUCCUGUGGACAGCGUCCCCUAGCCCCAAAGCCCUGUGCAGAGUCCAGCCCCGCAGCCACCCUCGAGGGCCCGUCUGACCUGCUGACUGGCCCUGUGCCUCCCUCUGGGGCCCAGGUCUUCCUCCAGCCUCUGAGCUCCACUCCCGUUUUGCCGGGUAGCCCUGCACCCACCCCAGCUCCAGACACCAGCCCCCUCCCAACCCCUGGUCUCAACCUUGCUGAGACCCCACCAGCAGCUUCCAGAGAGCAGGGGGCACAGUCUGGGCAGGGCUUAGGGGACACGGACACCCCAGGAGGUGGUCCUAGCCACUGCCCAUGGAGCCGUGACUCCUUGUUUGCUGGCAUGGAGUUGGUGGCCUGCCCCCGCCUGGUUGGGGUUCAGGCCACAGCAGAGGAGCCCAACCGGGGCCCCCAUAUCCCCCAAACAUGGGCUGAAAGGGCGGCAGCCACAGAGCCUCCAGGCCCAGAGUUGUCAGCCUUUGCCUUCUUAAACAAGUGACCACAUAGGGCUGGCUACAUACAGGGGUCUCCUUGUCUUUAGCUGGUGGCUCCCAGGACCUCAUGGCCUCCUGCUGGCAGCCACCUACCCCAACCCCUCCAUUUACCCUUUAGCCACUAAGGUGUGGGUGCCCGUGCUGAGCAGGCCCCCCCAGCAGUUGGCACGGUCACUGAUGGACCCAAGUGUCGCUCAGGAUGCUGGAGACCAGCCAGCACAGGAUGCAGUUGCAAAGAAGGGGCUUGGUCUGUGCCCUCAAAGUCAUCUCAUGUACACUGCGCCUCAAGGACAGCUCCCCGACCAUGUGAGCAUGAUGGGGCUUCCUCUUCAUGCGAGGGGCAGGACCCACACAGGCCCCUCUCGGGGGACUGCCUGUGGCUGGGGCCAACCUGACCACUGCAGAGGUUUCCAGCUUUCACUGGUGCAUCUGCAGGGCCCGCAUUCCUGAGGGUCGAGCCCUCAGCUCUCAAUGCUUGGUGUCUGGCUCACCUGCCCCAGAGCCCCUUAGUUCCUGUUCAUCAACCCCACCCCCCAUCUGCUUUGCCAGAGGCUAUCUGUGGGGACUUGAGUUCUGACAGGCAGGUGGCAGGGCUCAGAAGCAUAACUUGGGAACCCAGGGCAACCCUUACCCACCAUGGCCUUGGGCAUGGUGCUGGUAUGGGUUUAGAGGGUUCUUGAUCUCAGACCCUUCCUUCCCCAGGAUGUCUCAGCAUCUGGAGCUGCCAUGGUGGGGGUAGGUGGCAGAGGUGGUUUUGUGCCUGGGGCUGGUGUUCUGUGGCCUGUGGCCUUCUUGAGUUCAGUCCCUGCAGCAUCUGGCAGUGCACCUACAGGGGUGGGGUAUGAAACACUGACCCUCGGGAGAUCUGGAAGGAACUCUGGGAUGUACACUCUGAAUAAACACUACUGUUUACUUGAAGCUGGAA